CCCGAUAGACAUCUGUCUCGUCUUCGGAAUUCUACAUAUUGUGCAUUUGUUAGUCUAUACAUCGCCUCGCAUCCAAACAUACUAGUAUACAAAGCUGGAGGAUAGCUAGUUACCGGUAUCCAUUUGAUUGUGAGCGAUAAUGGCCACCUCCUUGCCUCCAGAUUUACAGAUGGCGUUGAACUCCCCCGAUCCACGCGCUGUCCUACAACUCUCACAACACACUCCAUCAUUCCUAGCAAGCCACCCUGCGCAACAACCUUCGUUCCCUUUUUCUAUGUUCACAACUUCAGAGACCCCCGAACUAUGGUUAACAUACGAACAACUAUUUCUGGCUUGCGUAAGGACGGGGGAUGACGAUUCUGCACGCCAAUGUUUGGAGCGGCUAUCAAAACGCUUUGGGCCUGCCAAUGAACGCAUUAUGGCUCUCAAGGGCGUCUACGAGGAGGCGCUUGCAAAAGAUCGAGAUGCCUUCGAAGAAAUCCUUACAGGUUACGAAAAAGUGCUCAAGGAGAACCCAGUGAACGUGCCAAUUCUAAAACGACGCAUUGGACUCUUACGAUCUAUGUCGCGGCCAGUGGAUGCGAUAUCUGCCCUAGUAGAUUUUCUCGAUGUAUUCCCGACGGAUGCAGAAGCGUGGUGUGAACUUGCCGAUCUCUACCAAGCCCAGGGAAUGAGUAUGCAGGCUAUCUUUUGUUUGGAAGAGGCUCUUUUGGUGGCACCAAAUGCGUGGAACCUUCAUGCAAGGCUGGGUGAAGUAGAGUACAUUUCAUCGACUUCAUCGGACAACCAAGAGAUGACAGUGAGACUCCUGGCCGAUAGCGUCCGCCGGUUUUGCCGAAGCAUUGAGCUGUGCGAUGAUUACCUUCGCGGCUAUUAUGGACUUAAAUUGAGUACGAGCCGCCUGUUGGAUAAACUAUCGACAAAGGCCGCUACCCAACUCAAGGGGGGUGAUCACAAUCUGCCCACGCAAGAGACACUCACAAAACUGCAGGCCCUGUCGACUAAAAAGUUACACGAGAUUGUACAUUCAAGAUCAGCCGAUAUCAGGUGUCGGGAGAUGAACCAGAGCGAGCUAAUUGCGGCCCAGGAAUUGCUUGACCGAGAGGGCAAGUAAGAAAAGAAAAGAGUACUGAUGACCUUGUGUCCCACAUUGUAUAUCCUUAUUCACCUCUCCCUUAUAUUCUUCCAACCAACCACAUGCUGCGUGUGGCACUGGGAGCUUCUCAAAAUUGGCCCUAUCCAUACCUUCAGACCACUGUGAUCCUUGACAUGAUCCAGCCGCCGACUACCCACUUUCUACUUGCUGCAACCCUAGAGGACUUGCUCGCCUGCAAUUAAAUGGCUGGAAGCACCGGAACAGGGCGACAAUGAAUGAUUUUAGAUUCAUAUCCACCAUUGGUAAGCAACUCACAAGGGACGACGGAAUUGUACCAUUAUAAACCGACACUCUCUGAUGCCAGAUCAAAUCCUUUCCCCCUUGUCAUAAAAAUGCUUCAUCAUGUCAUCUACAUUCUUGUUUUUAUCAAACGCAUCUAAUUUUACAUGUUCAUUAUAAUUUUAUUGUUUCCAUUUUAUUUUUCCCUUUUCCUUGUUAUCCAGCCACAAUUCAACGCAAUCCAAACUGCUCUAAUUUCAUACAAU